CUCGAGAGGUCACUACAAUUUAUAACGUGAACGACAGUUUGACUUUCGUCGUGAGAAGCCGAGUGUGCGAGCGGUUAUGUUCAGGAGCGACUGUUUGUCAUGUGUCCACGAGGCUUGGUUAUUUAGCAACGAUGCUAGCCACGAAAGGGCUGUUGUGUGCGCGAGCGAGCCCUUGCGAGAUCGAGCUCUCGCGCCAAGCCGCCUGAGUGGCGACAAGAGGCAGACGAGCUGGCUAGCUGAGACUGGAGAGGUGGGAUUGCAAGGGUGUCCCACUUGAAACUUUUUAACCUCUCCGCCUUCGUUCAAGUACUGCCUGUGCUUCAUAGACUUGAACGUAUUCAACCCUUUCUGCAGAUCCCUUGUGCAUGGCGAGCUUUGUGAAGCGAAUCAAGAGGCACUACUCUCAGCUCGCCAAAGCAAACUACAACCACUGAAUCCACUGCAAGGGUUGCUCGCGAUCUUUCAGCGGUGCUCAUGCUCCGAUGGUUGGCUGUCAGCAUUAACCGCAGCAGGUAGGCAAGGCAUGCUAAUUCCCCCGAGUGUUUACCAAGCCAGCAGGUAGUAGUCAACUUCUGCGCCAUACAACACUGAGGUGACUCGUCCACGCCGAAUGACAUUCACAAGUAGUUCGGAUUACCAGGUGUGCGAGCCUUGGCCUCUGACAGCAGCUGCCGUUGUUUUGGGAGACUUUUAUCAUGUCCCUUGCGCAGGGAGAUGAAGCGAUUCAGUGCCCCUCCCGCCUUGUACCCACCUCCCAGUCAGCCGCCCAGCACCAGCAGCGAGGCCCCCGCUGGCAUCGACGCCACCGCAACCUCCGGCAACGGCAACGGCCUGGGGCCACCCCCUUCCCUGCAGCAGCAGCACCACCCCCACGACCCUUCCGGCAAACGCGUUAAGACCGAGCAGACGUUCGAAUCACUUUUCGACGUAGAGAACCACAGUGACGUCAUCGUCAGAGUGAAUGGCGACCAGUUCGUGUUCCACGCACACCGCGUCAUCCUGGAGAUGAAGAGUGACGUCAUGGCUCGGCUGCUGGCGGGGCUGGUGGAGAAGCAGCACGAGGACGAUGAGGAGGAGGGAGGCGUGACGUCAGUGGGGAGCCGCUUCGUGCCGGUGUUGCGCGUGACAGAGGACCCGGAGUGCAGCCAGGUCUUCUCUCGCUUCCUGUACUUCCUGUACAGCGGAGCCGUGUGGCUGCAUCAAGACUACGUCCUGCCGCUGUUUCGGCUAGCCCACAAGUACAAUGUCAGGCCGCUGUUGGCUCACUGCGAGACCUAUAUCCUGCAGGUGCUAGCCAAGUCGUGCUCCGGUCCCCACCAUUCCGACCCACGUCCCAUGCACCCGCAUGGACACCACCAACACAACUUCAGCUAUAGCUACAGCCACCACCAUCCUCAUCAUCACAGCCUGCACCACAGUCAUUCACCUUCUUCAGCCCCUACCACCGCCAACCUGAACUGCCCGCCGUACACCGGCUCGGGGUUCCCACUGGAAGUGAUCUGUGAUCUUUACGAGGACGACGUGUUUGCUGGGGACGUCGGUCAGACGUGUUUCCGGGUGUUGUGCUGCCAGUUUCGGCAGCUGGUAAGGUUGCCACGUUGGACCAGAUGCCGGGUGCAGACGGUAUGUGAGCUCAUCUCCAGCGACCAGUGCAGCGUAGAAGAGAAUCUCAUCCUGGUCUCGGCCACCGACUACAUGAAGCAGAACAACCUGUCGGACAAGAAGCAGAUCGAAAGCAUCUUGGCCAACAUCCGUUACCCCUGCCUGAACCGCCGCCUGCUGUACCACCUGCACAAAAACGGCAGCUUUAAGAACUUUCCCUACAUUCAGGAGCUAAUGCUGAACGCCAUGAAGUACCACUGUUUUAAGGACCUAGCCGAGGCCAAAGAGGAUUUUGUCGGGGUGCAGUUCACUCCUCGCAUCGGCGGGGGACAGCCCCUGCGGCGAGCCUCCAUGCAGAUGGCAGUGGCAGCACCCACAACGGACUGCUACCCAGAACACAUGGCGUUUCCUGAGUCGGCGUUCUCGCUGGAAUCUGAGUUACCCGUUGUUUUGACCCGGUCUAGGCAUUCUCAAGUGUAAAAGCGACUCUAUACGUGUGUGUGAGCGUGUGUGCGUGGAGUCAGAAGUUUCAUGUGAUGAGCUGCUAUUAUUGUGGAUGAAACUAUUUUCACUGGUGUACGAGAACCAGCACACUAGCGACGUUAUUAAGAAUGCAUAGCGGUGCUUAGAAAGUGUUGCAUGGUUCGUCUUUCUCUUGGCCAAGUCGAGUAGACAGCAGUUUAGUACUUCAUGUGGGCCUUGCCACGCAUAGCUCUCGCGCUUAAACAGAUACGGAUUUUUUUUAAAGCCAUAAAAUCACUAGUUUCUCUUGACAAGCUUACUUUGUACUAGUUUUUGUUUUUUCCAGUGGCUUUCACCUUUAUUACAGCCGAAGAUUUUGCUAGAUGCACCUAUUACGCGGGAGGUGCAGUAGUGUUAAGAAUGCAUAUGAUUAUAUAUUGAUAUAAAUGUUAAGCUUUCGUUAUCUCAAGACCGUCUUUCUCAAUAAUGGGAUCACUUAGAAAGAACUUAAUAAAAGAUAGCGAUGUUGUAUUAAGAAGGGAAAAUGCCAAAUAGGAAAGAGAGAACUGAUUUUUGUGUGCGUGGAAAGCGAUACGUGGGCCAGAAAGACUUUUUUCUAAUUUUCUGGACAGCUGCUUGGUAACAAGUUGAAAUCAGAAGUUUAGAGAAUUUAAUUAGGAACUACGGUGAUGUCGUAUGACUCAGCACUAAAACGCCUUUCUGAACGCUUAUGUUGUAUAGUCAAUAAAAUCUAGUUUACUAUGCC